GCAGAUCUCCAACAGCAACCUACAGUUCGACAGCAGCCACAAACCAGCACACAGAUGGUGGCCACGCCUAACAGCGGGACGUCGUCCGAGACUUCGACAUCUAGUAAUGUCGAACCAUUGCCGGUCUGUCCUGUUCAAGGGCCGAACGAGUCCAUCAUGGACUACAUUCAGAGAGUGAAGACCUAUACGGACUCACUAACCCUUGCCAAGGAACGGCAAGAUGCUACCGAAGCAGACAGACAGAGGCUGGCAGCAGAAGCUGCAGCCCAAGCCCAGCGACAAGCUGAGGCGGAGCAGUUGGAAACCGACAAGCUCAACGCCGACAGUGUCGAACUUUUGAUCUCUCAACAAGAUCAGUGGGCAACUGUACUCAACGGGAUGCGUUAUAUCCCCGUAGCAGGCGCCGAGCCAACGGCAGUACAGCAGGAGAGACAACACCUGGCAGACAUUCUACUAAGCACAGUGCGCGCAGUUAUCUGGAACAACACCAUGGGUGACCUUCAUUCCAGGUCUACACGGCAGCUGCAGCACAAUCUUAACCAUAACGUGAAGACUCUUGCAGCAUCCAUCAAGAUCGCGGACUCCCAGCUGCAACAGAUGGACACCCGCAUUGCUGCUCUGGAGGCAAGGCCUUCCCAAGCAGCGCCAGGCUGCACGACAGACACGGCGAAACAGCUCGGCGAGCGCAUCGACCAUGUCGUCAAUCUAAUCGGCGAACUAGGUGAUUUCACUAGUCCGGCCAUGAUCAGCAGCACGGUGGCCGCCAUCAAGACGGACAUCACCAAACUCGUCCUCAUCUACCUCGAUGACAUCUUGGUUUAUAGUAGGACGUUGGACGAGCACAUCGUACACCUUCACGCUGUUUUGGAUCGUUUGCGACCGGCCAAGUACAAAGCGAACCUCGACAAGUGCAAGUUCGCCAAGCAGGAGCUUGAGUACUUGGGUCACUAUGUCACGCCGAAAGGCAUUCGUUCCUUAGCAGACAAGAUCCAAGCCAUCAUGGAUUGGCCGGAUCGCGGUUGCACGACGGAUGUACGCUCUUUCAUGGGUUUGGUUGGAUAUUAUCAGCGAUUCGUCGAGUCAAACUCGAAAGUGGUCACUCCCUUGUCGAGACUUCAGUCCCCAAAGAUAGACCGAGACCGCAGAGAUCGCGAGCUGUUUGUGCGAGCAAGGAGGAUAGAUAAUUACCCCCAAAGCCCUUGCUAUGAGGCCGAUCGGGGUAGAGGCGACUCCCGCGGCCGAUGGGAGAGGGACAGCAGAUACGAGAGAUCGGACCGGGAUGGAUAUAGGGACGACAGAUACGAGAGGUCGGGUCGAGAUGGCUACAGAGGAAGUAGAUAUGAGAGAGGAGAUCGGGACUGGGAACGACAAGAUGGGUCACGCGGACGGUUUGAGCGCGGGGGAGAUGCGAGAGAGCAGCGCGACGAGACGCGUGGAUGGUACAACCGAGGGGACCGACGCGAUGAGUCACGAGGACGCUAUGACUCGGGGGACCGCCGGAAUGACUCGCAAGGGCAGUAUGAGCAAGGAGGGUCUGGAGGAGACCGGCGCAACAAUUUGCGCAGUCGGAAUGAGAGAGGGGGAUAUGGUGUCUCAUCAGAACCAUAUCCAAAGUCGCCUGACCCCAACGCUGCCAGGAAUUCGAUGUCUAGAGACGCAGACGACAGGGCGUCUACUCCCAGGAACUCAUGCGUCUACUGCAGAGGAGAAAAUCAUAUCAAGAGGGAUUGCCCGGACCUCAAACGGGCAAUAGACGAGGGGCUUGUCGUGCUUGACGACCGCAAGUACGUCAAGUGGGCAGAUGAUAUGGGAGAUGUAUCAAUGUUUCCUUCGAUGAAGGAGAACGUCGAAGCAAGGAGAAUAAAGACGAGUAAAGGAAUGGAGUCGGUCAGAAGCCAGAGCAUCAAGAUAAUCUUUGAGGGAGAUAUCGCGACCACACCCAUAAGGAUGGCAACCACCAAGUCAGCAAGAGGGUCUACAUCGAAGAAGACUGACACUGAUUAUGUGAUGACGGAGAAGGACGGGCAGCGGGUCGAUGGAGAAAAGGUUAUCCUUUCGCCGCGAAAGCGGGGAGUCAAGAAGUUCUUAAUGAAGAGUUCGUUGGACGAGAUUGACACGGUUGAGCCACUGAGGCGGGCCCUUCGACAACCAAUGCAGUGCUCUAUUCUGGAGUACCUGGCGGCAUCGAAGCCGGCUCGUGAUGAAUUACAAAUGAUCACGCGGAAGACUCGCAUACCUCUAUCAGAGGAGGGUCAGGGAGCCCCUAAAGCAGAAGCUUCUACAGUAGCGGUAACGGGGGUGACAGCCAGAGCGGAUCGCAUGGCAACAGUCCUUCUCGAUGGGAUCGAAGGUGUGCCUCCAGACAAGUUUUAUAUACUUGGUAGCGGGGCCGUAAAGACGAUUAUAAAUGAUGGAGCGAUAGUCGAUGCUGUGAUUGAUAACGGCAGUGAGGCUGUCAUCAUAGACGAGGACCUGGCAGUACAAGUUGGACUGGCCCUCGAUAGGUCAUACCUAUUCGAGAUAGAGACGGCUGAUGGGAGAAAGCAACAGAUCACUGGGGUUUGUCACAAGGCAGCCAUAGAGGUCCAAGGGGUAGGAGUGACCCUGCCUGUCUUUGCAGUCAAGAACUGUAGCUCUGACCUACUCUUGGGUCGAACGUGGCUGAGCCACGUGAAUGCGGUGACGAUAGAACGACCAGAUGGGAGUCAAACAUUGUCCAUUAGGAAGCCAGACGGGACACGGGUGAUGAUUGAGACAGUGGAGCCUCGGGACCCGAGCAACAGAGCAGCUCUCGCUGUGGGUGCAAGACCCAGUGAUCAGAUUAAGUCUUUACCUAUCUCCGGCCGCGUGGUGCGAUUUCGCGAGAAGAGAUAUGGACCACUGCUCACAGAGGAAGCAGGUAGGAUGGUGGAGGUAGAAGAUUUAGGAAGCCGGCUAAUAGUGGACGACAACUCGUACCCGAAGGGAAAAGAUGAGGAAUUUGGCGGUGUGGUAUCCGUGUCUUUUUUAAGGGCAAGGCGCCCUAUGGGGGGCUCCCCAAGCGACACAAGCGAGUAGCUCAAAAGGUUAAGCCAACGGCGGUG